CGGCGCCCGGCCCCCGAGCGGGGCUGCGCACAACGCUCCGCCGAGGCUCCGGACCCCCCGACGGGGCUGUGCACAACGCUCUGCUGAGGAUCCGCACGCCCGAGCGGGGCUGCGCACAACGCUCCGCCGAGGCUCCGGACGCCCUGCUGAGGCUCCGGACCCUCGAGCUGGGACUGUACGCAACGCUCCGCUGAGGCUCCGGACCCUCGAGCUGGGACUGUGCGCACAACGCUCCGCUGAGGCUCCGGACCCUCGAGCUGGGACUGUACGCAACGCUCCGCUGAGGUCUCCGGACCCUCGAGCUGGGACUGUACGCAACGCUCCGCUGAGGUCUCCGGACCCCCGAGCGGUGCUGCGCGCAACGCUCCGCUGAGGCCCCGGAGAGGAGCCCCGGACACCGGACGGGCAGGACGGCGCGCAGAGACCCCCGGCCGCCGGACGAUCAGGGCCGAGAGGGGCGACCCCCGGCCGCCGGACGGACAGGACAGCGAGUCCCGGCGAGAAGUCCCGGGCGCUGCACUAUGCGCAGCGCGGCCCCGCUGUCCCCGGCCCUGCUGACCGCCCGCGUCUCCUGGCUGCACAGAGGCCGGGGCGGUCCGGCCCCGCUCCUCGGGGUGGCCUGCCUGCUCUCCGUCCUCUGGGGCCUGGCCCGCUCCGAAGAAAACAGAUGUGCCUCCUCAAAUGCAGGAACGUGUUCCAGGUGUCUCGCUCUAGGACCGGAGUGCGGGUGGUGCUCGCAAGAGGAUUUUGGGGCAGGAGCAACGAAGAGUGAACGCUGUGACAUCGUUUUCAAUUUACUAAGCAAAGGCUGCAGUUCAGAUUUUAUAGAAUAUCCUUUGGUCCGUGUAACCAUUCCUAAUGGACAGGACACUAAUACUCAAGUGACACCCGGGGAAGUUGCAAUCCAGCUGCGUCCAGGUGCUGAAGCCAGCUUUAUAUUGAGAAUUCGUCCUCUAAAGAAGUACCCCGUCGACCUCUAUUAUUUAGUGGAUGUCUCAGCAUCUAUGCACAAUAAUAUAGAAAAACUAAAUUCAGUUGGAAAUGAUUUAUCUCAAAAAAUGGCAGACUUUACCCGUGAUUUUCGACUUGGAUUUGGAUCAUAUGUGGAUAAAACCGUUUCACCUUAUAUCAGCAUUCACCCGGGGAGAAUUCGAAAUCAAUGCAGUCAGUAUGAUUUAGACUGUAUGCCGCCUCAUGGAUACAUUCACGUCCUGCCGCUUACGGAGAACGUAACAGAGUUUGAAAAGGCAGUGAACAAACAAAAGAUCUCUGGAAAUAUUGAUACCCCAGAAGGUGGUUUUGAUGCCAUGCUGCAAGCAGCUGUGUGCCAGAGCCAUAUCGGUUGGAGGAAAGAAGCUAAAAGAUUGCUGCUUGUGAUGACGGAUCAGACGUCUCAUCUAGCCCUAGAUAGCAAAUUGGCAGGAAUCGUAGUGCCCAACGAUGGAAAAUGCCACCUGAAAGAUAAUGUAUACGUCAAAUCAACGAGCAUGGAACACCCCUCUCUAGGACAACUUGCUGAAAAAUUAAUAGACAAUAACAUCAAUGUCAUUUUUGCAGUUCAAGGAAAUCAGUUUGAUUGGUACAAGGAUCUUCUGCCUCUUCUGCCUGGCACCACUGCCAGACAAAUAGAAUCAAAAGCCGCAAACCUCAAUGACUUGGUGGUGGACGCCUACCAGAAACUCAUUUCAGAAGUAAAAGUGCAGGUAGACCAUCAGAUUCCCGGUCUCCAUUUUACCAUUGCAGCCAUCUGUCCUGAUGGUACCAGAAGUACAGGCAUGGAAGGGUGCAGAAAUGUGUCAAGCAAUGAUGAAGUGGUUUUCAAUAUAACUGUGACAAUGGAGGGUUGUGAAGUAGCUGGAAAGAGAAGCUAUGCGGUCAUCAAGCCGAUUGGUUUCAAUGAAACCACUAUAGUUAAUAUAUAUAAUAAUUGUACCUGCCAGUGUCACGACAACAGAAGACACAAAGGAAAGUGUACAGAGGAAGCUUCUCUGGGCUGUCAAAGCUCUCACUGCGAAGACACAAACUGUGGUUCAGAUGAAGAUCAGUCUUCUCCCGAGAGUUGCAGAAUACACCGGGAUCAACCACCUUGCAGUGGUCGAGGAGUUUGCUUAUGUGGAAAAUGUUUAUGUCACAAAACUAAACUGGGAAAAAUACAUGGGAAAUACUGUGAAAUGGAUGACUUUUCUUGCCCAUAUCACCAUGGAAAUCUCUGCGCCGGUAAUGGCGUCUGUGAAGCCGGAAACUGCAGGUGCUUCGGUGGCUGGGAAGGAGAUCGCUGCCAAUGUCCAGCCGGGUCAGCCAAGCACUGUGUCAACGCCCAAGGCCAGACGUGCAGUGGACGAGGAACCUGUGUGUGUGGCAAGUGCGAGUGCACGGACCCCAGGAGCGUCGGCCGCCUGUGUGAGCACUGUCCGGCCUGCAGCCCCGCCUGUGACGGGAAGAGAGAUUGUGACGAGUGUCACCGCUCUCCCAAUGCAUCUCAGGCUCUACAUGACCAGUGCAAAACCUCAUGUGCUCCUAUGGUACAACACAUGGACCAAACUGCAGAAUGUCUUUCUAGCCCAAGCUACUUCAGAGUAUUUUUUAUAAUCUUCAUAAUUACAUUUCUAAUUGGGCUACUUAAAAUACUUAUCAUCAGACAGAUCAUUCUACAGUGGAAUGGCAAUAAAGUUAAAUCUGCGGAUUACCGAGUUUCUAAAAAAAAGAAGGAAAAAAUGUUUCUGCCGACUGUUUGCCCAAGAACAGUAACGUAUCAACGUGAUAAGCCUGAAGAAAUUCAUAUCAAUAUCACCAAGUUACAUGCACACGAAACUUUCAAGUGCAACUUCUAAUGGAGAAGCUUUGCGAGAGAGAGAAUAAAAACAAAACUGAAUCCCCAUCAUUUUCCCCUUGAAAGUUCUCCAUUUUCAAGUCACCGAAGAUGCUCAAUGAUCUUGAUCUGAGCCAGUCACCGGUUGGACAUUGUACUGAAAAUGGUCAGUCAUCCUCUUAACGGGACUGCUUAUCCUCAUAGCUGCUGAACUCUUAGAAAGGAAUUGUGUCCUACUACUGUUUGAGACUAGUGUCAUCAUAGCACUUUAAUGUAAUGUAGAUAUAACUUAUUUAGUUGCGGCAUAGAAUGUAGACCUGAAUGGCACUGAUUUCACUUUACAGGUAGCUAACAUUCUUUCGCUCCAGGGGGAAAGGGCAAUACUGUGAGAAAAACUUUAGCUCCGCUCUAUGCUCUUAGGGGUAGAAUCCAGUCAGUCUCACAGUAUGCGAUAUUUCUUUUUAAGCUUGUCUUUUCUUGUGGUCCUUUCUACCAAGUGGAUGCUAAGUCCACGGCUCUUUCUUGCUUUGCCUUGGAAACCUUUUUCUAUGCAUAACAUUGAGUUUCAUGAGGGUCAUGGCAAACUGGAUCAAAUAAGGUUGUGUUUACUACUGUGGUUUCGGUUCACGGUUUUUAAUGAAUGGUCUUUAACAGGAGUACUUUAUAAAAGGUAAAUGUUCCGAAAGAAAAAUGGUAAGGUAAUCAUCAGAACUUUAAAAGAUACUUUGAAGAAAAGAGAAUCUUUUCAGCAGAUUUAGGAGUACAAGUUUUCAUACCUGAAAAACUGGAUGGAAUUCACCGUUUCACUUGCAAUUGAAAUGAAACUUUGCAGGUCAUUCGGAAUCUCUGGGAAUAUGCACGAAGUACCUAAUCAUUUGAGGUGCAAACUGUACGUUCAAACAUUCCCAAAAAGCAGCAGAGUUACAAGUGCCCUGAAACUGCCAGAGGCCUUAGGCACCACCAAGGAUCACUUGUGAAAAAAAUAUAACCUCGAUGCAAAAAUGA